AUUUGUUUUGUGCUGCCUCAAAGGACCAAUAUGAGCCAGUCUGCUGAAGAAGAGUCUUCCACAGCACCAUCUGACACUGAAUCAUCAAAAAUGGAACCAAAGGUGUUCAAUGACCCUAUCCAUGGUCUAAUGGAGUUCCACCCCAUUCUGGUCAAAAUCAUAGACACACCUCAGUUUCAGAGACUUCGAUACCUCAAACAGAUGGGAGGGGCCUAUUUUGUUUACCCAGGAGCAUCUCACAACCGAUUUGAACACUCACUCGGAGUGGCACAUUUAGCAGGAAAGCUUGUGCGACAUUUAAAAGAAGAACAGCAGGAACUUGGUAUUACUGACAGAGACGUACUUUGCGUGGAAAUUGCUGGUCUCUGCCAUGACCUGGGACAUGGGCCAUUUUCCCACUUGUUUGAUAACAUGUUCAUACCAAAAACUCAACAAAACAAGGAAUGGAAACAUGAGCAAGGGUCAGCUGCCAUGUUUGAUGAGAUUGUAAAAUUUCUAAAAACAAAAAGCUUUGACCUGAAGGCUAAGCUGAAGAAGCUGGAAGAUGACCAGAGUGAGGACAGAGAUGAUGAUGACCAGAGUGAGGACAGUGAUGGUGAUGGCCAGACGGAGGACAGUGAUGGUGAUGACCAGAGUGAGGACAGAGGUGGUAACGACCAUUGUAAGAACACAGAUGGUAAUGACCAGAGAAAGGACAGAGAUGAUGAUGACCAGAGUGGGAACAUAGUUAGUAUUGACCAGAGUGAGGACAGAGAUGAUGAUGACCAGAGUGAGGACAGUGAUGGUGAUGGCCAGAGGGAGGACAGUGAUGGUGAUGGCCAGAGGGAGGACAGUGAUGGUGAUGGCCAGAGGGAGGACAGUGAUGGUGAUGGCCAGAGGGAGGACAGUGAUGGUGAUGGCCAGAGGGAGGACAGUGAUGGUGAUGGCCAGAGGGAGGACAGUGAUGGUGAUGGCCAGAGGGAGGACAGUGAUGGUGAUGGCCAGAGGGAGGACAGUGAUGGUGAUGGCCAGGCGGAGGACAGUGAUGGUGAUGGCCAGACGGAGGACAGUGAUGGUGAUGACCAGAGUGAGGACAGAGGUGGUAACGACCAUUGUAAGAACACAGAUGGUAAUGACCAGAGAAAGGACAGAGAUGAUGAUGACCAGAGUGGGAACAUAGUUAGUAUUGACCAGAGUGAGGACAGAGAUGAUGAUGACCAGAGGGAGGACAGUGAUGGUGAUGGCCAGACGGAGGACAGUGAUGGUGAUGACCAGAGUAAGGACAGUGAUGGUGAUGGCCAGAGGGAGGACAGUGAUGGUGAUGGCCAGACGGAGGACAGUGAUGGUGAUGACCAGAGUAAGGACAGUGAUGGUGAUGACUUAACCUUUAUCAAGGAGAUGAUUAAUGGACCAGAUGAAAAGGGACAUUACAAAGGCCGCCCUUCAGACAAGUCUUUCCUCUACGAGAUAGUCGCAAACAAAAGGACUGGCAUUGAUGUGGACAAGUUUGACUAUUUUGCCAGAGAUUGCCAUCACCUUGGAAUAAAGAAUAGCUUUGACCACAAUCGCUACAUUAAAUUUGCCAGAGUCCUUAAGGUGGGCCAUCGAUGGCAGAUCUGCACAAGAGACGAGGAAGUCCCCAAUAUUUAUGAAAUGUUUCAUACAAGGAGUUCUCUCCACCGAAAGGCCUACCAGCACAAAACCAAUACGGCUGUUGAGCUGAUGAUCAGAGAUGCCUUACUUAAAGCAGAGCCAGUGUUAAAGAUGUCUGAAGCUAUAAAAGACAUAGCAGAUAAAAACAUGAAGAAGUACACCCAGCUCACAGACUCUAUCUUUGAAAAAAUACUUUAUUCCACUGGAGAUGAACUGAAGGAGGCACGAAAAAUACUACAAAACAUUCUCUCUCGAAAGCUGUACAGAUUUCUAGGAGAGAUUAAACGGACAGAUAAGCUUCGUAAAGAGAAUGAAGAAAAAUGGAAAUCUGACCUGGCAGUAAUGAGUACUUAUAAAGAGGAAAAUCCACUGACAGAAAAUGACUUUGAAAUCUCUAUCAUUGACUACGACUUUGGUCAAAAAGAUAAAAAUCCCAUGGAUAACCUGUAUGUCUAUAACAAGUUUGACAAUGAGAAGGCAUUCAAGAUCCCCAGUGAGCAGGUUUCUCAGUUUCUUCUGCCAAAAAAUUUUUCUGAGGAAUGGAUCAGAGUCUACUGCACGAGCUUGGACAAAAACACUCUGAAAGUCGCUGAAAAGAGCUUUUUCGAGUGGUGCACAAAGAAUAAUUUACCACCUCCGAGUCUACCUCAGCUGCUGAUAGCUGAUCCACAACCAAAGGUGUUCAAUGACCCUAUCCAUGGUCAAAUGGAGUUUGACCCCAUUCUGGUCAAAAUCAUCGACACACCUCAGUUUCAGAGACUUCGAUUCAUCAAACAGCUGGGAGGGGCCUAUUUUGUUUACCCAGGAGCAUGUCACACCCGAUUUGAACACUCACUUGGAGUGGCACAUUUAGCAGGAAAGCUUGUGCGACGUUUAAAAGAAGAACAGCAGGAACUUGGUAUUACUGACAGAGACGUACUUUGUGUGGAAAUUGCUGGUCUCUGCCAUGACCUGGGACAUGGGCCAUUUUCCCGCUUGUUUGAUAACAUGUUCAUACCAAAAAUUCUACAAAACAAGGAAUGGAAACUUGAGAAAGGGUCAACUGCCAUGUUUGAUGCCAUUGUGGAACAUCUAAAAGAAAAAGAAAACCCAUUUGACCUGGAGACUGAGUUGAAGAAGCUGAGUGAGGACAGUGAUGGUGAUGACUUAACCUUUAUCAAGGAGAUGAUUAAUGGACCAGAUGAAAAGGGACAUUACAAAGGCCGCCCAGACAAGCAUUUCUUCUACGAGAUAGUCGCAAACGAAACGACUGGCAUUGAUGUGGACAAGUUUGACUAUUUUGCCAGAGAUUGCCAUCACCUUGGAAUAAAGAAUAGCUUUGACCACAAUCGCUACAUUAAGUUUGCCAGAGUCCUUAAGGUGGACGGUCAAUGGCAGAUCUGCACAAGAAAAAAGGAAGUCUCCAAUAUUUAUGAAAUGUUUCAUACAAGGAGUUCUCUCCACCGAAAGGCCUACCAGCACAAAACCAAUAAGGCCAUUGAGCUGAUGAUCAGAGAUGCCUUACUUAAAGCAGAUCCAGUGUUAAAGAUGUCUGAAGCUAUAAAAGACAUAGCAGAUAAAACCAUGGAGGAGUACACCCAGCUCACAGACUCUAUCUUUGAAAAAAUACUUUAUUCCACUGGAGAAAAACUGAAGGAGGCACGAGAAAUACUACAAAACAUUCUCUCUCGAAAACUGUACAGAUUUCUAGGAGAGACUAAACUGACAGAUAAGCUUCGUGAAGAGAAGGAAGAAAAAUGGAAAUCUGACCUGGCAGAAAUGUCUGAAAAGCCACUGAAAAAAGAUGACUUUGAAAUCUCUGUUGCUACCUUCAACUUUGGUCAAAAAGAUAAAAAUCCCAUGGAUAACCUGUAUAUCUAUUACAAGUCUAACAAUGAGAAGGCAUUCAAGAUCCCCAGUGAACAGGUUUCUCAGUUUCUUCUGCCAAAUAAGUUUUCUGAGGAAUGGAUCAGAGUCUACUGCACGAGCUUGGACGAAAACACUCUGAAAGUCGCUAAAAAGAGCUUUUACGAGUGGUGCACAAAGAAUAAUUUACCACCUCCGACUCUACCUCAGCUGCCGACAGCUGAUCCACAACCAAAGUGAGGUGACAUCCUGCCCCACUAACAAGCUGGACAUCUGGAGAUCAUCAACACAGGGAAACCCACAUUCCCAAGUUUACAACCCCUACAAAUGGAUUAAAAUAAACAGAAUCUUUUGCUCCUACCUUUACGACCCUCAGAACUGAAUUAUCCCAAGGAACAAGAUUGUGACAUUGAUUAACUUUUCUAAAAUCAUCAACACUCAGAGCAGAACCCCAGCUUCAAAGGACCAUAAGGCCACAGGGGUCAGGGUCAAAAACUUUGAUUUCAUUCAUAAAGAUGCUAUUUUUGACAUUAACUUCUGAUUUCAUGUAUCAUAUGUAAAUCUGUGAUUUAAAUGUGACAAUCAUGUACAGCCAUUCACAUUGGGAAACUGCACUGUGGAAAUGUCUCAUAUAUGUCUCUUAUUAUGUUUUACUCAUGUAAAUGCCUCAUAUAUAUCUCUUAUUAUGUUUUACUGAUGAUGGAAACAUUGAUUCAUGUCCUAUUAUAUUGUUGUAAUAUGACUACAGUUGUUACAUUAUGAAGGGUAUGUCAAGUAAUAAAGCUUUUAAGUUGCAUUACAAAUACAUAUAUC